UUAUCAUUUUUUAAAAAAAAAAGAUAAACGCCGCCACCGCCACCGCCGCCGCCUCCCUCCGCCGCCGACAUCAACCACCUAGUCCGGCGACCCCAAAAAUUCCCAAUAAAUUCUUCUUCAAUUUUUCUGAUUAACCCUACGCAUAGCGGAAGAUUCAGCGCACCGAAAGAAUGGGUAAAGGUGACAAAACGUCAUCGUCGUCGUUGGGGCGGGCACUGGUGAAGCACCAUAACCAAAUGAUUCAACAGUCUAAAGAGAAAGGUCGAUUUUACGGGAAGCAGAAUAAGAAGGUUCUAGAAUCUGUAACUGAAGUUACUGAUUUAGAAGCUGUUAUUGAACAAACUGAUGAAGCCCACCGUCUCUACGCUGACCUUAAUCCUCCAGUCAAUUUGCUUGUUAAUUUGGACUCUGGGUCUAGUACUAGUGAUCUGACACCUGAAGAAAGAAAGGAGCUACAGAAGAAAGAGGAGGAUUUACAUGCUAGUAGCCUUCGUGUUCCACGCAGGCCACCUUGGAAUACUAGAAUGUCAGUAGAAGAGCUUGAUGUCAAUGAAAGACAAGCUUUUCUAGCUUGGCGGCGGAAUCUUGCAAGGCUUGAGGAGAACGAGAAACUGGUUCUCACCCCUUUUGAAAAGAACCUGGAUAUCUGGAGACAGCUUUGGAGAGUGGUUGAGCGCAGUGAUCUGCUUGUAAUGGUUGUUGAUGCACGAGACCCACUUUUUUAUCGCUGUCCUGAUCUUGAGGCUUAUGCACUAGAAGUAGAUCAACACAAAAAAACAAUGCUUCUUGUUAACAAAGCAGAUCUUUUACCCAUUUGUAUCAGAAAGAAAUGGGCUGAAUACUUCCAAAAGCAAGGGAUUCUUUUUCUGUUCUGGUCAGCUAAAGCUGCCUCUGCUUCUCCCAGUGCUUCACAAGUACCAACGAGCUCUCAAGAGGCAGGUGAUGCUGAUACGAAAAUAUUAGGCAGGGAGGAGCUAUUGGCCCGUUUACAGUCUGCAGCAGAGGAGAUAGUUUUGACUAGGAAUAGGUCAGCUUCCCAUGAUGAUGACAACUUGGCAGCAGAUGUUCAAUGUAGAAGUGUGAUGGUGGGGUUUGUCGGGUAUCCUAAUGUUGGGAAAAGCUCAACCAUUAAUGCUUUAGUAGGGGAAAAACGAGCUGGUGUGACAUCUACUCCCGGGAAGACGAAGCAUUUCCAAACACUCGUGAUUUCUCCUAAACUUACUCUGUGUGAUUGCCCUGGUUUAGUGUUUCCAUCAUUCACAAGUUCGAGAUAUGAGAUGAUUGCAUGUGGUGUUUUGCCAAUUGACCGGAUCACUGAGCAUCGAGAGGCUGUACAGGUGGUGGCAAAUCGAGUCCCUAGAAAAGUUAUCGAGGAUGUCUACAACAUAUCUCUGCCGAAACCAAAGCCAUAUGAGCCACAGUCUCGCGCACCUACUGCUGCAGAACUUUUAAGAGCAUACUGUGCCUCUCGUGGUUAUGUUGCUUCUAGCGGAUUGCCUGAUGAAACAAGAGCAGCACGUCAGAUGUUGAAGGAUUAUGUUGAUGGUAAGCUACCACACUUUGAAAUGCCUCCAGGAGAAUUAGACGAUGAAGCUAGUGAAGAGGACGAAGAAGUUACAGAGGAUGUUGAUGGACCUAGAAUGUCUGGUUCUGACUCCUCUAAUGAUGAUGAGGAAGAGGAUGAAGACGAAAAUGCACGUCUCGAUCAUGUUCUGAGUGAUUUGAGUACGUUUGAUAUGGCCAAUGGACUUGCUUCUAAUGAAGCAUCUCGUAAAAAGAAGCCCUCAACUGCGCCCCAUAAACAACAUAAGAAAACACAGAGAAAGAAAGACAGGUCAUGGAGGGUCCAGAACGGUGAAGGUGAUGGGAUGCCAGUAGUAAGAGUCUUCCGGAAAGCAGCAAAUACUGGGCCUGUAAACAUGCGGUAAGGUGUCAAUGGAAGUUGCUUGUACCUAAAGCUCCUUACUGGCUGCAAACUGCAAUCAAGUGAAAAAAGGCAAACAUGUUGAAAGCCAGAUUUUCUGGAAGUUGAGAUCCUCAACUCCCACCUCUGUUGCCUUGGGAACCAUUGUUUCGUUGCCUAUACAUUACUGCAAGCGUUAUAUAUUACACGCAUAUCUUUACGAGGAUGGUGCGGUAUAUAUGCUUAUUUUUCAAGUAGCACUCUCACUAAGGGAGUUAAAGAGAGAGUCUUAUGUACCCACAUAUUAUCUUGCUUUGUUUGAAACCAUAUGGAUUAAUGUUGUUCAUCUGAUCUUAUGUGCCUGAUGAUUCUUCUUUGAACAAGAAACUCUAGUAGAAAAGCAUGUCAAUUGGUUAGUAUAAAGUGGUUAUAGUGGUU